GUGAGUGCAACGACAAGUUGGUCAAGCCAGGUGCCACUGGUGUUGUUUGUAUCUGUAUGACUAUAGCGACAUUGUUAUUUCGAUCCCAACUAUCAUCGAGUACGAGAGGCCAGAGGAGCGGCUAAAACAUGGAGGGCACUCCGGUGGCCCCUAAAGACAUCAAAGUCUUAGAAACUGUCGAGGACAUUCAGGAAAGGCGUUCCCAAGUGCUCGGAAGAUACGCUGACUUCAAAAAUCAGGCACAUGAGCGCAGAAACCGUCUUGAAGAGGCUCGUAGAUUCCAGUACUUCAAACGAGAUGCCGAUGAACUUGAGGGCUGGAUCUACGAGAAAUUGCAGGCCGCUUCUGAUGAAAGUUAUAAAGAUCCAACCAACCUACAGGCGAAAAUCCAGAAGCAUCAAGCAUUCGAAGCCGAGGUGGCGGCCCACUCGAAUGCUAUUGUUGUAUUGGACAACACAGGCAUGGAGAUGAUUAAGCACGGACAUUUCGCCUCUGAGGUUAUCAAACAGCGCCUCGAUGAACUUCAUCGCCUGUGGGAGUUGUUGCUUAGCAAGCUUGCCGAUAAAGGGCUCAAGCUGCAGCAAGCUCUCGUGCUCGUCCAAUUUCUGCGUCACUGGGACGAAGUAAUGUUCUGGAUUAGCGAUAAAGAGAGCUUUGUCGCAACUUCCGAUGAUUUCGGUCAUGACCUCGAACACGUCGAGCUGCUACAACGUAAGUUCGACGAGUUUCAGAAGGAUAUGGCCAGCCAGGAAAUUCGAGUACAGCAGGUUAACGAACAAGCUGACAAGCUGGUGGGCGAUUCCCACCCCGAGCAGGAGUUGAUCAUCAGCAAGAAGUCCGAGCUCAAUGCAGCGUGGUCUAAGCUGAAAAAGCUCGCGCUAAAGAGGCAAGAAAGGCUGUUUGGUGCUCACGAAAUGCAAAGGUUCAACCGUGAUGCUGACGAAACUAUCGCGUGGAUUGCUGAAAAAGCGCAAUUGCUGUCCAGUGAUGACUUUGGCCGUGACCUUGUGUCCGUUCAAACGUUGCAGAGGCGUCAUGAGGGUUUGGAAAGGGAUCUCGCCGCCCUCGAAGAUAAAGUGAUUGCUCUGGGUCACGAGGCUGGCAAGCUGGCCAACGAGCAGCCAGAUGAAGCUGCUGCAGACGCUAUCCGGAGUAAGCACAGUGAGAUCGUACAGAAUUGGGAGGAACUCAAGAGAGCUGCUCAGGAGCGCCGUCGGAAACUCGACGAGAGCUACGGAUUGCACAGGUUCUUAGCGGAUUUCCGCGAUCUCAUUUCCUGGAUGCAUGAUAUGAAGGCCAUUAUGUCUGCCGACGAGCUGGCUAAAGAUGUGGCCGGCGCAGAAGGCCUUCUUGAAAGGCACCAGGAACACAAGGGAGAAAUCGACGCAAGAGAAGACUCUUUCCGUCUGACAGCUGAGGCGGGACAGAUGCUUAUUGAUCAAAAGCACUACGCCUCUGAUAACGUCAAGGAAAAGCUAGUUCAGUUAGCCGAAGAGAAAAUGGCGCUUCUCUCUUUGUGGGAGGAGAGGCGAAUCCUCUACGAACAAUGCAUGGAUCUGCAGCUCUUUUAUCGAGAUACCGAGCAGGCUGAUACGUGGAUGGCAAAACAGGAAGCCUUCCUGGGCAACACUGACCUGGGAGAUUCGCUCGACAGCGUGGAAGCUCUGCUAAAGAAGCACGACGACUUUGAGAAAUCACUGCACGCCCAGGAGGAAAAAAUCAAGGCGCUCGAUGAAUUCGCUACUAAGUUGAUUCAAAGCAACCACUAUGCUGCUGCUGAAGUCGGUCAGCGUCGAAAUGCUCUCCUCAAGCGGCGCCAGGCCCUUGUUGAGGCAGCGGCCAAGAGGCACGCGUUACUAGACGAAAGCUACAAGCUUCAACAGUUUGAGACUGAUGUGGACGAGACUAAGGGCUGGAUCAACGAAAAACUCAAGAAUGCCACUGAUGAGAGUUAUCUCGACCCCACAAACCUCCAAGGCAAAUUGCAGAAACAUCAAAAUUUUGAGCAGGAAUUGUCAGCAAAUAAAUCACGCAUUGACGAAAUUGUAUCCACCGGCAAGCAGCUGGUUGAGCAGAAGCACUUUGCGAGCGACACCAUUCAGCAGCGAAUGGAGAUGAUAAUGCAACUAUGGAGUUCACUUGUUGAGGCUACCGAGCGAAAGGGUACGAAAUUGACGGAAGCUUCAGACCAGCAGAGCUUCAACCGUGGUGUUGAGGACAUCGAGGUCUGGCUUUCCGAGGUGGAAGGCCAGCUGAUGAGUGAGGAUUAUGGCAAAGAUCUUACUUCGGUCCAGAACCUGCUUAAGAAACAUGCACUCAUUGAAGCCGAUGUCGCUUCUCAUGGUGACCGAGUUGAGAAUUCCCUCGGGGCCGCCAACAAGUUUGUCGAGAGGGGACACUUUGAUGCGCCUAACAUAAUUGCAAAACAGGAAGCUCUCCGGAAUCGUUAUACCAGUCUUCAGAAACCCCUGGCCGAACGCCGCCGUCGUCUGGAGGAAUCAAUGGCGAUUCAUCAGCUGCUACGCGAUAUGGAUGACGAAGAGAGCUGGAUUAGGGAGAAGGAGCCCAUUGCGGCCUCAACCAACCGUGGACGAGACCUCAUAGGUGUCCAGAACCUGAUCAAAAAGCACCAGGCCGUUCUCUCGGAGAUCGCCAAUCACGAACCACGCGUCAGUGCCGUCACCGAGGCAGCUGAGAAAAUGGCCGCUAAGACUCAGUCGCCAGCGGUCAGUUCGAAACUCGCCGAUCUGCAAGAGAAAUGGCAACUUCUUAAGGAUCGUGCGACACGACGUCGUCAGGACCUCGAAGACUCACUUCAAGCACAACAAUAUUUCGCGGAUGCCAACGAAGCUGAAAGCUGGAUCCGUGAGAAAGAACCAAUUGUUUUGUCGACUGAUUUUGGUAAGGAUGAGGACUCUGCGGAGGCUCUCCUAAAGAAACACGAAGCCCUUAUGGCCGAUCUUGAGGCGUUUGCCAACUCGGUGAGCGCAUUGCGCGAACAAGCUAAGGCCUGCCGCCAACAAGAGGCUCCUGUGGUCGAUCAAGCCGGAAAGGAAUUCGUCGUUGCGCUUUACGAUUACACCGAAAAAUCACCCCGUGAGGUGUCGAUGAAGAAGGGAGAUGUUCUCACACUCCUUAAUUCCAACAACAAGGAUUGGUGGAAGGUUGAGGUUAACGACCGCCAGGGCUUCGUGCCCGCCGCCUACGUGAAGCGCCUGGAUCAUUCUGGUCUAAGCGCUUCUAAACAGCAUCUUGCUGGAGAAACAUCAAUUGCUGCCCGCCAGGCCCAAAUUGAAAGUCAGUACGCGAAUCUAUUGUCUCGUGGCCAUGAGCGCGCCAACAAGCUUCGUGAGAGCUGUAAGGCAUUCUCCUUGGUGCGUGAAGCUGCUGAAUUGGCUCAAUGGAUUCGAGACAAAGAGCAAGUGGCUCAGGUUCAAGAGGUUGGGGAGGACCUUGAGCAAGUGGAGGUAUUGCAGAAGAAGUUCGACGACUUCAUGGCCGAUCUCAAAGCGAACGAGGUGCGUUUGGCUGAGAUGAAUGAUAUUGCUUCGCGCCUGAUGACACUUGGUCAGACCGAAGCAGCGAACAAAAUUCAGACGCAGAUCGAUGAGCUGAAUGAUAAAUGGAAAAACCUAGAGGUUGUGACUCAUCAACGUGCCAGCCAACUCGGUUCUGCCCAUGAAGUGCAGAGGUUCCAGAGAGAUGCUGACGAGACGAAGGACUGGAUUCAGGAGAAGGAGGAGGGCCUCGAUACCGAUGACUUCGGUCAUGAUUUGCGAUCUGUGCAGGCAUUGCAGCGGAAGCACGAUGGCCUGGAGAGGGAUCUCGCUGCUCUCGGAGAGCGCAUUCGCUCCCUUGACGAGACCAGCAAGAGGCUCACCAAAAGUCACCCUGACUCUGCACAAACGACGUUCAGUAAGCAAAAGGAGAUUAUUGAGCAAUGGACUCAGCUUACAACGAAAGCUCAACUACGUAAGGAGAAGCUCAUGGAUAGCUACGAUCUGCAGCGCUUCUUGGCCGAUUUCCGAGAUCUAAUGUCCUGGAUCAACUCCAUGCACGCCCUGGUAUCGUCUGAUGAACUCGCAAAUGAUGUCACAGGGGCCGAAGCAUUGCUAGAAAGACACCUGGAGCACCGCACGGAGAUCGAUGCUCGCCAGGGAACGUUCCAGGCUUUUGAACAAUUCGGACAACAGCUGCUGAGAAACGCCCAUUAUGCGAGCCCCCAGAUCCAGGACAAGCUUGAUAAGAUGGCAGAAGCCCGGGAGGCACUCGAGAAGGCGUGGCAGGCAAGACGUACACGCGUAGAGGAGUGCCUUGAUCUGCAACUUUUUUACCGUGACUGCGAACAGGCCGAGAACUGGAUGGCAUCUCGAGAGGCCUUCCUGCGCUCAGAUGACAUGGGGGGUGACAAUGUUGAGGCACUUAUUAAAAAACAUGAAGAUUUCGACAAAGCAAUCAGUGCUCAGGAGGAAAAGAUUGCCACUUUGUGCAACCUAGCCGACAAACUCAUCUCCGCUGAACACUAUGCUGCUGAAGACAUUGAUGCCAAGAAAAAACAGGUUCUCAAUCGGUGGGCGCACCUUAAAGACGCCUUAAUUGAUAAACGUUCCAAGCUGGGCGAAUCGCAAACCCUGCAACAGUUCUCCCGCGAUGCGGACGAAAUCGAAAACUGGAUCACGGAAAAACUAGCGAUGGCUACGGACGAGUCUUACCGUGACCCCGCUAAUAUCCAGUCAAAACACCAAAAACACCAAGCGUUCGAGGCCGAGCUGGCAGCAAAUGCUGAUCGUAUUCAAGCCGUAAUGGGCAAUGGUCAGCACCUAAUUGAUCAGAAGCAGUGUCAGGGAUCUGAGGAAGCCGUGCACAAACGCCUAGAAAGUAUUGCAGAACAGUGGGAGUUUCUCACUAAAAAAAGUUCUGAGAAGAGCGUCAAGCUUAAGGAGGCUAACAAACAACGCACAUUCAAUGCGGCCGUCAAGGAUAUCGACUUCUGGCUAGGCGAAGUUGAGAGUUUACUGAAGUCUGAAGACUCUGGAAAGGAUCUGGCUUCGGUGCAGAACCUGAUGAAGAAACACCAAAUGGUUGAAGCUGAUGUGAUGGCCCAUGAAGAUCGCGUUAAAGACAUGAACGAGUUGGCAGAUGCACUCGUAGAAUCUGGCCAGUUCGAUCCGGCUGCCGUUCAGGAAAAGCGGCGUGACAUCAACGAACGCUAUGAGCGUGUCAAAACACUUGCCACGUACAGGCGGUCUCGACUUAAUGAGGCAAAUACACUCCAGCAGUUCCUCCGCGACAUCGCUGACGAGGAGUCAUGGAUUAAGGAAAAAAAACUGUUGGUCGGUUCCGAUGAUUACGGUCGAGAUCUGACCGGCGUGGAGAACCUAAAGAAGAAACACAAACGUCUGGUUAAUGAGCUCUUAUCACACGAGCCCGCUAUCCAACAGGUCGAGGAAGCUGGACAGAAACUGAUGCAGGAGAGUAACCUUGGGGUGCCUGAAAUUGAGUCUCGGCUACAGCAGUUACAGCUUAGCUGGCAACAGCUCAAACAGCUGUCGGAAGAAAGAGGUGAUAAGCUGGACCAGUCAUUGACAUACCAACAAUUCCUCACCAAAGUCGAGGAGGAAGAGGCCUGGAUACAGGAAAAACAACAACUGUUACAUGUCCAGGAUUAUGGUGACACGAUGGCCGCCGUUCAGGGUCUACUGAAGAAGCACGAGGCGUUUGAAAGUGACCUUGGUGUUCACCGUGAACGUUGUGCCGAUAUUCGCGCCGCAGGUGACCAACUGAUCGGAGAGGGCAAUCAUCAUGCUGGUGCUAUCUCACAGCGUAUGCAACAACUUGCUAAUCGCCUUGAUCAGCUUGAAGCUACUGCUAUCAACCGUAAAAACAAGCUUAUCGACAACUCAGCUUUCCUUCAGUUUAUGUGGAAGGCCGAUGUGGUCGAAAGUUGGAUUGGAGAUAAAGAAAUCCAUGUGCGGGGAGAAGACUUUGGCCGUGAUCUGUCGUCUGUACAAACGCUCCUCACUAAACAGGAGACCUUCGAUGCUGGACUGUCUGCCUUUGAACACGAGGGCAUUCAUUCCAUCACUGAUUUAAAAGAUCAACUGGUUAACGCCAACCACGAGCAGAAAAAUAACAUAAUCAAACGGCACGAUCACGUAUUAUCAAGAUGGCACAACUUGCGCGGCGCCUCCGAGGCGCGCAAGGCCAAGCUUAUUCAAAUGCUUGAACAGUACAAGCAGAUUGAAGAGCUGUUCCUCACGUUCGCUAAGAAAGCGUCCGCGUUUAACUCUUGGUUCGAAAACGCUGAAGAAGAUCUUACCGACCCAGUACGUUGCAACUCAUUAGAGGAGAUCGCCGCUCUAAGAGAAGCACAUUCACAGUUUCAGGCAUCGCUUAGCAGUGCCCAGGCGGAUUUUGACGCGCUGGCGGCGCUCGACGUCAGGAUUAAAAAUUUCAAUGUUGGCACCAACCCGUACACGUGGUUUACGAUGGAGGCCCUCGAAGAGACGUGGAAAAAUUUGCAGAAGAUUAUACAUGAACGCGAUAACGAAUUGACGAAGGAGGCCCACCGUCAGCAGGAGAACGACAAACUGCGUCGAGAGUUUGCCUUGAAUGCUAAUGCUUUCCACGCAUGGCUUACGGAGACACGAAUGUGGCUGCUGGAUGGAUCCUCGAUGAUGGAAGGUAACGGCACACUUGAAGCUCAGCUUGAGGCAACCCGACGAAAAGCUCAAGAGGUAAAAGCCAAACGUAUUGACCUCAAGAGGAUCGAGGACCUCGGAGCAAAACUAGAAGAACACCUUAUUCUGGAUAAUCGUUACACUGAACAUUCGACUGUGGGCCUGGCUCAACAGUGGGACCAACUCGACCAACUCGGUAUGAGAAUGCAGCACAAUCUCGAACAGCAAAUUCAGGCCAGGAACCAGAGCGGAGUAUCCGAAGACGCCCUCAAGGAGUUCUCGAUGAUGUUCAAGCACUUCGAUAAAGAUAAGUCAGGAAAAUUGAAUCACCAUGAAUUCAAAUCAUGCCUGCGCGCCCUCGGCUACGAUCUUCCAAUGGUUGAAGAGGGUCAACCAGACCCUGAGUUCGAGAACAUUCUCAAUGCGGUCGACCCGAACCGGGAUGGAUAUGUGUCGCUUCAAGAGUACAUGGCGUUCAUGAUUUCGCGUGAGACCGAGAAUGUACGCUCAUCGGAAGAAAUCGAGAACGCCUUCCGCGCUAUUACAUCGGGCGAGCGUGCAUACGUCACUGCAGAUGAGUUAUACGCUAAUCUAAGCAAGGAAAUGGCUGACUAUUGUGUUGCCCGGAUGAAGUCGUACGUAGAGCCGAAGACCGGCCGCGAAAUUAGCGGGGCAUAUGACUAUGUCGAUUUUACCCGCACACUGUUUCAAAACUAAAUCAGUUGCUUUUGCCCCUGUGAAAAAGAGAAAAAAAAAAGGUGAACUAUUAGACUCGGAAGUAAUGAGUAGUGACGUGGAUAAUGGAAGGUUUUAAAAGUUUAUGAAGAAGUGAAGAAACCGCAAGCCCGAUAUGAGGUGACGACAGAGAUAUCGAAUUUAAACUGCCGACACAGCUCCAACGUUGUUAGUUAAGUAACCUUAUUAUAACAGCAAAAGUAAGCAGAAACAUAUAAGAUAUGAAUCGUCAUACCACUCCCAAACACUUUCAAGAUUAUAUGAAUUUAGACGGAAAGAUAAACGCAGGAAAACUCCCAGCCAGUAAAGGAGUCGUCACAUCCAGACGCUUAGUUCACACUAUCGCUUUUUUAUGUGCAUUACAAAAAAAAUUACAAAAAGUUCUAUAACAAACAUGAAACAUUAAA